AGUAAUCACUUUUCUAGUUUAGUUAUUAUCUUUUGGGGAAAAGAAGUUCCUUCUUCACCAAUCCAAAUCCCAACAAGGCAAACUAUACAAGCAAUCCUAUUGCCAACCAAUAGUUUUUCAUUCAUAUCAAUAAACUAAACCCACAAAGCUCAUAUAUGUAUAUAUAUGUGUCUAAAAUCCAUGCAUAAGGAAGUCACAAACACACACACAUAGUUGAUGUUAUAGAGUUCAAAGAUAGAUCUACCACAUUAAGAAGAAACUAGUUGCAGAGGAGAUGGCAAUGAGUCCGAGAGGUGGCGGUCCUGCCGGUUCUAGACGGAGAACAAGACCAGGUGUGGUCCGGUCAGUCUACGAAGAUCUCAAGCCGGAGUCUGAUUGGCAACUAGAUCAUGAAUCUCAUAUUCUCAAUAUUUAUCUUCCUGGUUUCACGAAGAAGCAGAUCAAGGUGAGCAUGGAAGGCCGGAACACCAUCAGGGUUCGCGGGCAACGCCUUGUAGGUGGCAACAAAUGGAGUCGCUUUCUGGAGGACUUUCAAGUCCCAGAAAAUGGUGAAAUGAAUUCAGCUCGUGCCAAGUUCCACGGAGGGAUACUUAGCAUUACAGUCCCAAGAGAGAAAGUUGGCAAAGAAGGCGCUCUUCCUCCCUCCCCUAAAAAGGAAAGUACUCCAGAUGUUAGAGAUGUGAAUCUAGAAAACAUAGUUUCCCAAACCGAAAAAAAGGAAAGGAGUGGCAGGGAUGCACAUGAUAGAGAUGGUGAUCAAAGAGGCCGAAGCUUUACUCCAAUGAGAAGUACUGGAAAUAUAACUUCCAAGAAUGAUGCGAAAAACGAAAGCAGUGAAACUAAAGAAAAGCACGUUGCUUCAGAGAGAGAGAGGGUACAUAAGGAGAGCAUGCUAAGUUCUGAAUCACCUGAGGCAAAGACAAUGAAAUUGGAGAAAAACGAAGCCACGGAUAUCCCUGAAAAGCACACAGACAACAAAGAAUCAUAUGGAGCUUUAAAAAAGCAGAAACACAAGAAGGAGAUGAAAUGGCUCAAUCAGGAAAGGCAAUUGCUGGUGAAUCUGGGGGCAGCUAUGCUUGUUAUUGUGGCACUCACCGCUUAUUUUAUCACCUACUAAAACUUCGUAUAUGCAGAAGUUAAAAACUAGAUUCUUUAUGAUUCA